AUGAGCAAUGCCUUCAAGGUCUUCAACUACUCCACCGAUCUUGAUAAGAAUGUCUUCGCCUACAAUGCUGUCAUUGUUGGAUUUGUUGGGAAUGGGCUUUCCUUGGAUGGCUUCUUGGUUUACAAGCGAAUGCGCCAUCUGGGUGUCACUCCGGAUAAGUACACAUUCUCGUGUGUGAUAAGAGCCUGUGUGGAGGAUUUGGAGGUUAAGAAGAUUCAUGGAUUUUUGUUUAAGUUUGGAUUCGAGUUGGAUGUGCUUGUGGGGAGUGCUCUGAUUAAUACUUAUAUGAAAUUUGGGUUGGUGAUGGAUGCACAUGAGAUGUUUGAGGAAUUGCCUCUUAGAGAUUUGGUACUUUGGAACUCAAUGCUCAAUGGGUAUGUAUUUGGCGGUGACUUCGAAUAUGUUUCCAAAUAUGCUGUAUUGGAUGAACCUACCGCUGUGGCUCAACGUUGCCGGAAUAUUCUCCACACCCGUGGGCGCUGCCGGCUGCUGGUGCUGCUAUUGAUGGUCUAA